AAGAAUAAGACCUGAAAAAAAUUAAAUAAAUUGGCUCCUUGGGCGCCUGUACGUUGAUGACCGGUUCAAGUCAACUCACCCAAAACGACACCGUCUUAACAGAGAAUUUUCUGAGAGGCCCCAAUGUCUUCUUCCCCAUAAAUACCCUCGAAUUCAAAUCGGAAGCCCUAGAAAUCGAUUUGAAUCGAUUGUUGUUCUGCAAAUUCGGAUGGGGAUAAUAAAGAGCAGCUUCUCCUUCCUAGUGGGCACGGUCGCCGGGAUCUACAUAGCCCAAAACUACGACGUUCCGAACAUCAAGAAGCUCGGCGACAAGGCCGUCUUCAUCGCCAAGCAAUACGAGGAGAAGUACCGCAAGCCCAAAAAGCGAGACGACGACUAGGAUUGCUUGCUUCCUCAACGACGCGGUUUCCGACCCAGGUUCUCGUUUUGGGAAAAUUUUCUGCUUUAAUAUUAACUGACGUGAUCAGUGCACGGUUAUGAAAUUUUUGCUGGAGAAAAUGUUACAGGUAAUUUGUGAUGAACUCGUUGCUUUCGGGCUUCGGGUUUCGAUUCAAUGCAAAAUGUAUACUCUUUUUGUUAUAGUAAAUGAAAAGCCUUGAAGGAGUUUUACAA